CGAGACGGGCGUGUUUGGCCAACUCUGGCCGAAUCAUGGAGUACUUGAAACGCGAAAUACCUGUGUGCGAAGUUUGCCAGCAACCAGCUAACCAGACGUGCGGGGGAUGCAAACAGGUCUACUACUGCUCAAGGGCUCACCAAAAACUGGGAUGGCGUGAGGGUCACAGGCUGAAAUGUUGCGCUUUUAAAAUACAAAUAUCGGACACUUUAGGACGGCAUAUGAUAGCUACGAGAGACAUAAAGCAAGGCGAAAUGAUUUUAAAAGAAAAGCCUGCAGUACUCGGGCCGAAAAUUUGCUCUCCAGCUCUUUGCUUAACGUGCGGGAAAAGAUUAGAACCACUGCGUGAUACCUGUGACUUUUACAAGUGCACAAAAUGCCAAUGGCCCAUGUGCGGACCUCAGUGUGAGAAAUCAGACGUACAUAAGCCAGAAUGCAAUGCAAUGUGCAAUAGAAAGUAUCGCUGUCGUAUCAAAUAUGAAUCUCCCGAUAAAGUUGAGUCUGCUUACUGCGUCAUUUCACCGAUGAGAGUUUUAUUAAUGAAGGAGUCAGAUCCACUACAAUAUGACAACAUAAUGAACUUGGAAUCACAUCUGGACGAAAGAAUCAAUACACCAUUGUAUCUGGUUCUAAAAGCUAAUUUGGUCACGUUUAUCAACCAAGUCUUAGGACUUCCUUUCGACGAGGAGACAAUAUUGAAAGUAGCCUCAAUAUUUGAUACUAAUUCAUUUGAUGUUAGAUCUCCUGAUGGAACCAAAAAGCUGCGUGGUAUUUAUUUGACUUCUUCGAUGAUGGAUCACAGCUGCCUGCCGAAUACCAAACACGUUUUCGUUGGCGAUGAGUAUCAUUUGGCGGUUAUCGCAACCGUGCCGAUAGCUAAAGGCGAAUUGAUUACUGCUACGUACACUCAAUCUCUAUGGGGAACCUUGGAGCGGCGAAAGCAUUUGAAAACAAACAAAUGGUUUGAUUGCACGUGUGCAAGAUGUCAGGAUCCCACCGAAUUUGGCACGUACUUAGGCAAUAUCUAUUGUUCGCUGUGCAAUUUUUUGGGAAACGAAAAUGUAAGCAGACCGAUGCUAGUUUCAACGAAUCCAUUAGAAGAAAACGCGCCGUGGAAAUGUGAAAAAUGCGAUCAUUCUAUUUUGAGCCGACAGAUGGUUUCGGGGAAUAACGUUUUAAAUCAAGAACUAAGCAAAGUGGACAAGAGAGGCCCUAAAGAUUUUGAAGAGUUCAUUGGAAAGUACAGUCAAAUUUUGCAUCCGAAAAAUCAUUUGGUCGUCCAAGCGAAGCUGGCACUGGUCCAAAUUUAUGGAAACUAUAAAGGUUACACUUUAUCUGAAUUGUCAGAUAAUCUGCUAAAACGUAAAAUUGACAUCUGCUAUGAGUUGCUCGAGAUCGCUGACAAGCUGGAACCGGGCUGGACUAAGUUCCGGGGAACGUUACUCCUGGAUUUGCAAGCUGCAAUGACGAUGCAGACGAAGAGAGACUAUGAAUCUGGAAAGUUGACAAAAGAAGGAACCCAGGAUCAAUUGAUGCAACGCAUGGGAUUAUUGCAAGAAGCGACGAAUAUCCUGAAAGUGGAACCAAACAUGAAAGAAACCCUGGAAAUGAAGAUUCAAGAACUAAAUGGACUUUUAGAUGGAGAUGGUGAUGUAAAUAGUAAUAUAGUUUAAGUGAACAAAUGAAUCUACCAUAUAAUAUGAUGUACUGUUUAAUAUAAUAAUUAAAUACUUAUUUCUAAAUCAAAGAUGUCAAGGAAAGAAUGCAGUAUGAGAAAUAUAUAACUCUGGAUAUAAUAAAGGGAAUGAAUCAAAAUAACUUUGUAAUUAAAAUAAAUCUAAGUGGACAGUAUUGAUAUGCGACAAAAGUUAGUGAAUAAAUUUGUAGUACCUUCAUUUUUAUAUCUUAAAUUACAUAUCUAGUAGAGUUCAUCCAUACUACCUGGAGUCACUACAUUGAUCC